AUGAUCACUGGACUCUUAAUAUGGCGCUUAGCUGUACGUGGUCACCGCUUAAUUGCUAAAGAUCCUAGGAAAGAAAUGGGAAUACUAAGGCCUCGGCCUUUAGAAGGAUUUUUAUUAUUGAGCAUGUUUCAUGUUGCGGGACGGUUACUUUAUUCCGUGUGUUUAUUAAGCGAUUUUCUUCCUAACUAUGCCAUAAAAGAAUUCUUCCACGAUAUAACCUUCACCAUUUCGCUAGCGGGCAUGGGAAUGUACCUGAUCGGGUUAAUCUAUACAAUUCCCAAAUCCUACACAUUUCAACGUCGAUUAAAUUCAUAUACUAUUACUCCUAAUGACCAUCAAAGAUUUGUAUGGAUUCCAAGGCCGUCUGUGGUAGAUGCUUUUGGAUUUUUGAUACUUCUUGGACCAGUUGUCUCCUUGAACGCUUUUGCUAUUUUGACAGGAGUCUAUUACGACAUUGGUGACAUGUCAACUGCUGAAAAAUGGCUUACUGUGCAUUAUCUUGCAUGGAGCUUUUUCUGUUGGAUUCUGAUAUUUGGGCUAUUGUAUAUUGGCAAGCAGUUGACCGCAAUUAUUGUCAGACAUAUUGAUGAAACCAAAGACUCUGGUACGGUCAGUGAAUCAAAAGUCCGAAGUCUAGCCCUCGGAUUAAAAAAGGAACGUACGGGUGUACACAUAUUGAGACAAUCAUCACUUGCCGGACCUACGGAAGGUGAGCCGAUGGCGAGAACAGACGCGUAUAAAUCAAAAGACAAAAAAGGGUUUCAGAGAUCUGGAAGUGUUUCGUUUUCAAAGACGGAAGAACUCAGUACGGUCGGUACAGUCGGUACGGUCAGUACGGGCGGAUCGAUUGCAGUUGGAGAAAGUGGAUAUAAAGGAAUGGAUGCCGAUGAUGUCAAUGCUUCACCAGUUUUGUUAGCUACGGCUACCAAUACAGCCGAAUCGUCAAAUGAUAAUGAUCAGCAAAACGAGUCUAAUUUAGGUGACAUUGCACUUCAGCCAUUGUCAGCUACUUAUGUUGCCAAUUACAAACGAUUUUGA